GAAAUGUGUAGUGUCAACACCUGCGCACACAUGUGGUUUGCAAGCAUGAGAUGAAUGAAGCCUUGGUUAAAAUCUAUAUGUGAUAUAUGUUCUAAAUUAUAUUAAUACUGCAUGAUACGUAAACUGCUACCAAUAUGAAGUUUGCAUACAGGUUCUCCAACCUGUUGGGAGCUGUUUACCGCCAUGGGAACCUGAGCUUCUCCAAGGAUGGAAACUCUGUGAUCAGUCCGGUUGGAAAUCGAAUAUCUGUCUUUGACUUGAAAAAUAACAAGUCUGAAACGCUGCCAGUGUCCACAACGAAGAACAUUACUUGUGUUGGCCUUUCCCCGGAUGGCUGCUUGGCAGUGUUGGUUGAUGAAGAUGGAGCAGCGUUGUUAGUCAGUCUUGUAACAAGGGCUUCGCUUCAUCAUUUCCACUUUCACAAACCUGUGAACAGUGUACGAUUCUCUCCUGACGGCAGGAAGUUUGUGGUCACCAAGGAGAAUGUCGCCCUGAUGUACCAUGCUCCUGGGAAGAAACGGGAGUUCAACGCCUUUGUGUUGGACAAGAGCUACUAUGGGCCCUAUGAUGAGACCACCUGCAUCGACUGGACAGACGACUCCAAGUGCUUUGUUGUGGGAAGCAAAGACAUGUCGACCUGGGUGUUUGGAGCCGAGCGCUGGGCCAACCUGAUCUACUACUCUCUAGGAGGACACAAGGACCUCAUCGUCGGUUGCUUCUUUGAAAAAGACAGUUUGGAUUUGUACACAGUGAGUCAGGAUGGGAUGCUGUGUGUGUGGGAGAGCGACACGGAGCCGGAUGGCCUGGUUCUCAGGAGGCCCCGGGAGACCCCACAACCAGCGGGGAGACCGAGCACCCGAGGGGACCAGUCUGAGGAGGAAGAGAACAGGGAGGAAGGAGAGGAGGGAGAGCCUCGAGGGGAGGUUGUCAAAGGAAAGGCAGAUGGGCCAAUAGAAACGGAGGGAGUAGCAAACGUCAGAUACAAACUGAUUAGCAAGCAUUUUUUCAACAAGGAAGGCGACUUCAACAACCUGACGGCAGCCACCUUCCACAAACCGACACACAUCCUGGUGACGGGCUUUGCAUCUGGGGUCUUCCACCUCCACGAGCUCCCUGAUUUCAACCUCAUUCACUCCCUCAGCAUCUCUGACCAGAGGAUUGCCUCAGUGGCUAUCAACGGCUCCGGAGACUGGAUAGGCUUUGGCUGCUCAGGGUUAGGACAGCUGUUGGUGUGGGAAUGGCAGAGCGAGUCAUACGUCUUCAAGCAGCAGGGACACUUCAACAACAUGGCCGCCCUGGCCUACUCUCCUGACGGCCAGUACAUUGUAACAGGAGGGGAUGAUGGGAAAGUGAAGGUAUGGAACACCAGCAGUGGCCUGUGCUUCGUCACCUUCACCGAGCACACCAGCAGUGUCACCAAUGUCACCUUCACCUCCAGCGGCUUUGUCAUCGUCAGCGCAUCUCUCGAUGGCACCGUCCGAGCUUUCGACCUGCACAGGUACCGCAACUUCCGGACGUUCACGUCCCCGCGGCCCACUCAGUUCUCCUCUCUGGCGGUGGACCCCAGCGGGGAUCUGGUGACAGCUGGAGCCCAAGACUCCUUCGAGGUCUUCAUCUGGUCCAUGCAGACCGGGCGCCUGCUGGAGGUCCUGGGGGGUCAUGAGGGCCCAGUGAGCUGCCUGUGCUUCAGCCCGGUCCAGUCUAUCCUGGCCAGCAUCUCGUGGGACCGCACCGUGCGUCUCUGGGACAUGCUGGACAGCUGGCAGACCAAAGAGACCCUGCGCCUCACCUCCGACGGCCUGGCCGUGUCCUACCGCCCAGACGGGCAGGAGCUGGCAGUGGCCACCCUGAACGGAGAGAUCUCCUUCUGGAACCCCCAGACGGCCGCGCAGCUAGGCUCCAUCGCCGGGCGUCACGACUUGGAGACAGGCCGCAAAGAGACAGACAAGAUCACUGCCAAACAGCUAGCGAAGGGAAAGUCCUUUACGUCGCUGUGCUACUCGGCGGACGGGGAGUCUAUACUGGCUGGCGGUCAGUCCAAGUUUGUCUGCAUCUACAACAUCAGGGAGCAGAUCCUCAUGAAGAAGUUUGAGAUCUCCUGCAACUUGUCUCUGGACGCCAUGGAGGAGUUUUUGGAUCGGCGGAAGAUGACAGAGUUUGGGAGUAUUGCGCUGGUCGACGAGGGGGUGGGGGAUGGAGAUGGGGUCCAGCUCAGUCUGCCUGGGGUCAGGAAAGGAGACAUGAGUUCUCGUCAUUUCAAACCUGAGAUCAGGGUCACCUCCCUGCGUUUUUCUCCUACUGGUCGGAGCUGGGCUGCCACGUCCACAGAGGGUCUGCUCAUCUAUUCCCUGGACGGGGCUCUGGUCUUUGACCCCUACGACCUCGACCUCGACGUGACCCCGCUCAGCGUCCGCCGCCAGCUGCGGAAGAUGGAGUGGGCGUCGGCUAUCGUGCUGGCGUUCCGCCUCAACGAGAGUGUCCUCACACAGGAGGUCCUAGAGGCCAUCCCACAUCAGCAGAUCCCGGUGGUGUGCGGCUCCCUCCCUGACGUGUACGUCGAGAAGCUGCUGGGCUUCUUGGCGUCGGCCCUGGAGAAGUCUGGUCACCUGCAGUUCUACUUGAGCUGGGCGCAGUCUCUCCUCACUCAGCACGGACAGAAGCUCAAGAGCAGGUCUACGGCCAUACUACCCACCAUUCAGUCUCUUCAGAAGAGUAUCCAAAGGCAUUUUGAGGAUCUCUCAAAACUGUGCGACUGGAACAUGUACACCAUCCGAUAUGCUGUGGCCCUGUCCAAGCAGAGGGGCGUAAAGAGAGGCGCAGACAAACAGGGGCAGGAGGAGGAGGAGGACGAGGAGGAGGAAGAGAUGUCAGACAAGAUGAGUGAAGCUUCACUGAUGAUCCUGUAGGGUUGAUUGCAUCCAAACAAAUAUUGAGUGGGCAUCCUCUCCUUCAGUGGGAGAGAGGGACUUGUAGCAGACCUCUCUAAGUGAACACAAGAAUUUGAGAGAAGGGUUCAGUCACUUCUGUUCUGAAAGACACAGCGCAUGUGUCAAUAGUGUAACGUCUUUUUGCAUCAAUUGUAAACUUUUUUAUAGUAAAAUAUUGUGUGAAACUGGA